AGGAAGACGCAAAAACAAACAAACAAAAGAUGUCAAAGCCUGCUGAUCACAUCAAGAGACCCAUGAACGCGUUCAUGGUCUGGUCCCGGGGCCAGAGGAGGAAAAUGGCACAGGAGAAUCCCAAAAUGCACAACUCGGAGAUCAGCAAAAGACUGGGCGCCGAGUGGAAGCUGCUGUCCGAGUCCGAGAAGAGACCUUACAUAGACGAGGCCAAGAGGCUGCGGGCUCAGCACAUGAAGGAGCACCCCGACUACAAGUACCGGCCCCGGCGCAAACCCAAGAACCUGCUGAAGAAGGACAGGUACGUUUUCCCGCUGCCUUACCUCGGGGACACCGACCACUUGAAGGGACUUCCCGUCUCGGCCGCGGACUCUCUGUUGGGCCCCUCGGACAAAGCCAGAGCGUUCCUGCCGCCGACGUCCGCCCCGUACUCCUUCCUCGACCCGAGCCAGUUCAGCUCCAGCGCCAUCCAGAAGAUGACGGAGAUGCCCCACACGUUGAGCACCAGCACUUUGCCGUACGCGUCCUCGUUGGGAUACCAGAACGGCGCGUUCGGCACCCUCGGGUGCCCCAGUCAGCACACCCACACCCACCCGUCGCCCACGAACCCGGGCUAUGUCGUCCCGUGUAACUGCACAGCCUGGUCCACGUCAAGUUUACAGCCCCCGGUGGCCUACAUACUUUUUCCAGGUAUGACCAAGACUGGGAUAGACCCGUAUUCAUCCGCACAUGCCGCUGCCAUGUAA